AUGGUAACCAUUGUGGCUUCUCAUAAUGUCACUCCAAACCAACCAACUCCCACUGAUCCUUUAUGGCUAUCAGAUAGUGACCAAAUCGGGUUCCUAGCUCACGUACCAAAUAUCUACAUCUACAAAGCAAAACACCACGGCAAUCUCAUUGAGAGGAUGAAGAACUCUCUUAGCAAGACUUUAGUUCACUACUAUCCAGCAGCUGGCAGAUUGAGAUUGACAAAAGGGGAUCGAAUGGAAGUGGAUUGCAAUGCAAAGGGAGUCACAUUACUUGAAGCCGAAAGCUCAAAGACAUUUGGUGAAUAUGGAGACUUUUCACCUUCGGAUUCAACAGAGGAACUUGUUCCCAAAGUUGAUUACACUCAACCUAUAGAGGAGAUUCCACUACUGCUACUUCAGUUAACAAGGUUCCAUGGUGGUGAAGGACUUGCCCUUGGAGUUGUUAUCUCUCACCCUUUGACCGAUGCGACCGGCAUAAUGCGCUUAAUAAACCAUUGGGCAAAGGUGAAUCGAGGAGAAGAACUAGAACCUACUGAAAUUCCAUUUCUAGAUCGAUCAGGGUUCAAAAUACCACCGCAACAUUCAUCACCAAGUGUUAAACUCCCAGAGUGGAAGCCUGUGCCACAAACAGCACAAACAGAGAAGAAGGAGAGAAGUGCUUCGUUGUUGAAACUCACAUCAAGCCAGGUGGAGAGGCUAAAGAAGAAAGCUAAUGAAAAACCUUCAAAAGAAGGGGCAAGACCUUACAGCAGAUUUGAAGUUGUUGCUGCUCAUAUAUGGAGAUGUGCAGCCAAGGCUCGUGAAUCUGGUGAGAACCACCCAACUUUUGUUCGGUUUAGUGUUAAUAUUCGCAGUAGAUUGAAUCCACCUCUUCCUCAGAACUAUUUUGGGAAUGCUUUGGCCAAAGGAGUGACACCAAAAUGUUAUGAGAGCGAUAUCAUAGCAAACCCUUUAGGUUUUGCUGCUGGAAAGAUAAGGGAAGCAGCUCAUGCGGUUACGGAUGAGUUCAUAAGGUCACAAUUAAAGGCUAGUUUAGGGCAAGGGCAACAGGAUCACAUAAGGGCCUUUUUCAAGGGACAAGGACACCUUAUGAAUAUCCCUUAUGCUGGAAAUCAUAACAUUCUGCUAACAAGCUUGACCACCAUGCCAGUGUAUGAAGCAGACUUUGGUUGGGGAAAGCCUAUUUAUUUUGGUUUACCAAGAGUCACUCAAGAAGAUAGAGCAUCAAUUGUUCGAAGCCCAGAUGGGGAUGGUGUCGUAGUCACCAUAUUCUUCCAGACAGCACUUAUGCAGCUUUAUAAAAAAUUCUUCUACGAGGAUUUGUUUGUCUCAUCGUUAUAA